CUCAUUCUUUCUCAUGUCGGAGGUGAAUCGUUGAACAGGAAUAAGUAGUUUACGCUAUCGAAUUCGGGUUCUGUAUUUGCGAUUUUAAUUUAAAUGAAAAAAUAGUGAGUGUGGCCAUACUGCGGCGGCGACUCGUUUCAUUUUUUCGAAUUCAACGAACUUUACGAUUGUGUGAACUUUUUUCCGAAAUAAUCGAUGGGGCGUAGGCUGUGCAUGUCUGCACGAUAGUCGUUAAUGAGUAGUAGCGUUUUAACCUCUCUGUACCGUGUUGUGUUCAACGUGAAAAAGUGUUCCAAACGUCUGAUUUUUAAGGAAUAACGUCCGUACAGAACUGCCAGAAUAAUUUGGAUAAGUUAGCAAAAAAUCAAUUCACAAUGGCAGACGUGGAUCACGGCGAAAUACCUCAAUCAAAUGGUAUAGAUGGAUUAGAAGAAGACGAACGAAAUAAGUUAAGACCGGCCGAUAUAGAUGCAGAUGUACGAGAAAUGGAACGUAGGAAACGAGUCGAGGCGAUAAUGAAUAGUAGAUUGUUUCGCGAGGAAUUGGAACGAAUUAUCGAAACACAGCUUAAGGAAGGCAUCGGAACUACCAAUUUGAUGCAACAGAUAUCAGAUAUGAUGGGCGUUUCGAAAAAUGCCGGAAGUGUGUUUAAAAAUUCGAAUUGCGUGAUACCUAUUAAUGAUAUAAGAGGCGUCGAAGCGAUGGGUUAUGCGAAAGGUGAAAAAAUCUUAAGGUGUAAAUUAGCGGCUGUUUUUCGAUUAAUCGAUUUGUACGGUUGGGCGCAAGGUGUCAAUUCUCAAAUUACUGCCAGAUUAAAUCAAGACGAAGAGCACUUCUUAGUUAAUCCUUUCGGCGUUUUAUUUCACGAAGUAACAGCAUCCAGCUUGGUUAAAGUUGAUAUGCAAGGAACAAUUGUAGAACAAGGAACGACCAAUUUUGGAGUUAAUCUGUCCGGGUUUUCAUUACACGGUGCCAUUCACGCUGCCCGACCAGAUAUCAAAUGCAUCAUUCACAUUCACACACCCUCAGUUGUAGCAGUAUCGGCACUAAAAUGUGGUUUAUUGCCCAUUAGUCAGGAAUCUGUAGUAAUUGGCGAAGUAAGUUCACAUCAAUACAUUGGGGGAUUAAACGAGCCCGAAGAAAAAGAGAAAGUUGCCAGAAAUUUGGGACCGAUUAAUAAGGUGCUAUUAUUGACAAAUCAAGGUGCCGUAUGUUGUGGCGAGACAAUAGAAGAAGCAUUUUUUAAUGUUCGUAAUACCGUCCUGGCAUGUGAAACGCAGCUCAAAUUGAUUAGUAUCGGUGUAGAUAAUUUGUCAUUACUGCCAGACGAGGCUAGGAAAAAAUUGUACGAUGCAGCUAGAAAACCUCCACAGAGUACACCCAGAUUAGACCAACCGUCGAUUCUGGAAGAAAAAGUUGAACGAAAAUGGCGCAUUGGCGGCGUAGAGUUCGAGGCGCUCAUGCGAAUGUUGGAUAAUGCAGGUUUCCGUACUGGUUACAUCUAUAGGCAUCCACUAGUGAAAGGGGAAUUACCCCGCCCGAAGAACGACGUUGAACUUCCACCAGCAGUUUCUUCACUGGGAUAUCUUCUCGAAGAGGAGGAGCUUUAUAAACAGGGAUUGUGGAAAAAAUUGGAUGGUCGCAAAGGAUUUGAUCGGUCGCGAUGGCUGAAUUCUCCCAAUGUCUACCAGAAAGUGGAGAUCCUAGAGACCGGUACACCAGAUCCCAAAAAGAUUACAAAGUGGGUAGCGGAAAGUUCGCCUACACACUCCAGUACACCAGUCAAGAUAGAGUCUGCUCUUCAGUUUGUGCCGAAGAAUACAAACCCAAAGGAAUUUAAACAGUUGCAGCAGCAGAUAAAAGACUAUCGACGAGCAGAUAAAAUCUCGGCAGGUCCUCAGUCUCACAUCCUAGAAGGUGUGACAUGGGAGGAAGCGAAAAAGAUGCAAGAUGCUGGUGUCACUCAGACUGGUGACCAGGUCGUUUUAAUGGGAGCAGCUUCGAAGGGAAUCAUUCAACGUGGUUUCCAACACAAUGCCAUGAUGUAUAAAUCUCCUUAUGCGAAAAAUCCAUUUGACUCCGUAACCGACGAAGAACUAGAUGAGUACAAAAAAGUAAUCGAGAAGAAAUCAAAAGGCGAAUAUGAUACAGACUUUAGUGAAUCUGAAGGAUUAUCAUCAGCAAAUAUUAAUAAGAGAAUUGAUAGCAGUAACAUUCGAUCUCCGACAUCAGUAACCAGCGAGACAGAGGAGGAAAGCAAAGAUGAACCUCAAGUAUUACGGAUAGAAACUAAACAAGUACCCACACGAACUCAUCCCGAACUUGUUCUUAGCGAUGCUGAUGAUACACCUUUACAACAACGAAAGACAGAAAGAAUAUCCGUGGAUAGUAAUAAAAGCGAAAACACAGUGAAUGGUGACCAGUCCGAUGCACAUCUAAGCACAAUUUCGCAGAGUAGUAAAGAGGGUUCAUUUUCAAAGGACCAAUCGGUAUCGGAGGGAUCGCCUAAAAAGGACAAGAAAAAGAAGAAAGGCUUACGAACUCCAUCCUUCCUUAAGAAAAAAAAAGAAAAGAAAAUUCGUGAUUCUGCAUAGACACUGCCUCCUUUUUACAUAACUGGUUAAGAGCUACUCCAUCGAGACUGCCACCAACUCACUGUAGAUUAGCUUUUUUUUUUAACGCAGCGGCUAAAUAUUUGCACUAAAUGUGAAAAUGGACUGCAUUUCUCUAUUUAAAAUGAAUUUAUAUUUUUAGCUUUAUUUGUACAGGAUACAAUGAAAUUUAUUAAUUAUAUGUGCGAUUGUAGUGGAGGUGAUUAUAUGAAAGUUCUAUAUGAAAAAAAAAAAAAUUACAGUCUACGUAAACCAAUCAUCAUUGUAAUGGCAACUGAAAUGUCAAUCACGGCGAUGCAUUCUAGAAAUUCCCACAUGUGAUUUGUUUACUGCGCCACUGUAAAAUAUAUAUAAUGUUAGUUAUUAAAAUAAUUCUUGUAAAGUUAGCUAAUCUUGCUUUUAUUAUUUGACAGUGCAAAGAAAUUUCGAUAUUUUAUAAUUUUUGAUGUGCAAACUAUAUGGUUAUUUAUAUUUAUAAUAUAUAAAUAGGGAUUACAGUGAUUAAAUAUUAUCAUUGUUAUUUUUUGCUGAGAGCGGGGAAGGGAAAGUCUGAUUUAAAAUUUAAUUUGGUUACGUAACAGCACAAUUUUUUAUGUAUGUUUUCGUAAAUUUGAAAAAUAAACGCUUUUUCUUCCUUUUGUUUAAUAAAUUUGUUGAAAACUU